ACAAGUAUGUAUAUACCAUGGUAUAGUACUAGUUAUUUUAUGAAAAAGAAUCAGAAAUAGUACUAUUCGGCGGGAUUUCGUUACACGCAUUUUGUUCGGCGGGAUUUCAUUACUUUCCGACUAUUUUUAUAUUCUAUUUUAUUUUUUCUAUAUUAGAAUGGAAUCGCAAGAAAAUGACGAUCGCAGUUCUACUUCUUCAAUUUGUAGCACAACAGAUCAUAUAAUCACUAGCAACGUGAGAACCGCCACUUCACCUAAAGACGUUUCUAUAUUGAACAGAUCAAGUACUUCACUUAGUGGAUUUUGCAGUCACACAAAAACAGAUUCAAUUUCUGAUGGCGAUAUGUCGGACUUUUCAAACGACAGUGAAGAUGAAGAAUUUAACAAUCAUGUUGAAGGACGCAAUAAUAUCCUUCAGCCUCACGUUCAAAGCACAUCACCUGAAGGGAAUAUAAUGAAAAACGGGCAAAUUGUUGUACGUAAAGUUUUUACAAACACUAGAGAGCGCUGGCGUCAGCAAAACGUUUCGGGAGCAUUCUCCGAACUCCGAAAAUUGGUACCAACACACCCGCCUGAUAAAAAAUUAUCAAAAAAUGAAAUUCUUCGAAUGUCUAUAAAGUACAUUAAGCUAUUAACAAAUGUUCUUGAUUGGCAGAAGCAAGAAGAGCAAAAACACGCCGAAGAAAAUGAACCAAACAACAAUGACAAAUCUGCUGUCAAUGGCAUGAAAGAAUUCCAUGUCAAAUGCGAACGAAGCAUUGUACAGUUAGAUAACACCAGAAGUACGAAUAAUAAUAAUAAUAAUAAUCUUUUAAUGAUCGCUCCUCAAUCAAAACCUAUAAAAUUGGAAGCAGUCGACGAACCAAUAUCGUUUCUUUUUCGUCGUGAUGUAGUACCAUCAACAAAUACAAUAAUCAACACACGGUUUUUGCCUAAACCCAAUAGAACCAAAAGGAGACCAAAUCAACAGCAUAAAGUAGAUUCAGACUUGAAAAGAAAAAAAGAUAGAAUUUAA